AUGGACAAUGAUGUAGCUAUAGAGGUUGGAGAAAUGCUGGAGAAGGUACAAGGAGGUUUGUUUGCAACCAAAAGCUGCUGCUACAGGGUGCCCCAUAUAAUCCGGCAAUUAAACGAAGAUGCAUACACCCCAAUGGUUGUUUCUAUUGGCCCUCUUCAUCACGGGAAUUCCAGGCUGGUAUUUAUGGAAGGCUACAAACAGAUUUAUUGUCAAUAUUUCAUUACAAGAUCGGAGGCAAGUUUGAGCGAUUUGGUGAGUUGCGUGCAACAGUUGGAACCACAAAUCCGUGCCUGUUACUCUGAGAAGAUCGAUCUCACAGCGGAUGAGUUGGUGGAGGUGAUAUUCAUAGACUGUUGUUUCGUAAUUGAGCUUUUCCUCAGAUAUCAGGAGGGGACGACAGAGGAUGAUGUUAUCUUAUCAAAAGAUUGGAUGGAUGCUCGGAUAAGUCAUGAUUUGUUAUUACUUGAGAAUCAGGUUCCUUUGUUUGUUUUCGAGAAUAUAUACAAUCGAGCUUUUGCUUCUCGCUUACAAUUACAUGGUGGUAGACUCCCUUCAUUUAUGUGGUUUGCUGCUGAUGGAUAUUUUGCAUAUUUCAACAAACAACAAGUGCCAUCACCGGAUGCUAGCAGUGUAGCACACUUCACUGAUCUGCUCAGAUACUUCUACUUGCCACCAUCUCAUACAACACGUCGUUUAAGAUUACCUUUAGUUCUUGGUCACAGUGCAUCUGAAUUAGUUGAAGCAGGAGUCAAGUUCCAAGUAACAAAUAAAUCAACUCAUGGCUGCAUGCUAGACUUGGAAUUUGAACAUGGUACUCUUAAAAUUCCACAUAUUGAAGCGGAUGAUGCGACUGAAAUUUUCUUGAGGAACAUUGUGGCUUUGGAGCAGUGUCACUAUCCUAAAGAACACUACAUCCUUGAUUAUGUUAUAUUCCUUGGUCACCUCAUGAAAACUGUUAGAGAAUCAUUAUAA